AUGGCGCAUGCCAACCCCAUCGUAGAAGCACUGAUGGACGACCUUGCCGGGCGCCUUGGCGACGUCGACGCCGUGCAGCGCGUGCAGCGCAACGUCGACCUCGUCCGCGCCGAGAUCGACGAGUACGCCGCGCUCCACGCCGAGGCCGCCGCCCAGCUUGCGCAGGCCCGCCGGCGCGUCGCGGAGGUGGCGUUCAACGCCACCGCCGCCCGCCGCGCGCUCCAGGAGCCGCCGCCGGAGGGUCUGGUGCUGCCGCUGGAUGAUCCUGAGGUGGCCGCGCACGCCGCCGCCUACGUGGAGGCCGCGGCCCGCGUCAAGCUCAUCAAGCAGAACGAGCUUCUUCUGGUCGAAGCCCUCGUGUUCCUCGCGGUGUCCCGGGCCCUCGCCUUCGCCUUCAACCGCGUCCACCUCCUCCCUGGGGUCCUCGUCACGGCCGCCGCCGCGUACGCGCUGGCGUACGUCGCGUCGUGGGGCGCCGUGGUGCCGGGACCCACCAGCAUCCUGAGGAUCGCCGUCCUGGUGCUGUGCUUCCUCUUGGGUAUCCCCCGGUGGUGGGUAAUUUGCCAUAGGGAAGUAAGUACACGCCCUGAGAACUAUAGGUUUGAUAUGUGA